UUCGUUAUCACCUUCUUAUCCAUGAAUUUGCCGGUGCCGGCGUUCCGAGUCUCGAGGCUCUGCAAUGUGGCAAUGUUUUUCGUUCUCCCACCUUCGUUCACUUCUUCUGCGUUCGCCAUGGGAGGUGCUCGGAGAGUGUUGCCGAGGGUUGAGGUUGUUGGAGGAGUGAAGUUUGACGGCCCGGUGCCUCUAACCGUCGACGUUGAGGAAAACGAAGUGGUUUUCGAGCAUUGCGUCACGCGGACUCUUCCUCCGGCGUUGACAUUGGAGGACGGACUUCAGAAAAUGAAGGACGCUGUCGAAAUGUUGAAGCUGGAGCCACCUCGUCGCUCCAUUGGAUUCCUUAGGUUUCAGGUGGCCGUGCCUCCGAGUCCUAAGGCAUUGAGUUGGUUUUGCUGUCAACCGGAGUCAUCAGGAGUGUUUCCCUUGAUUUUUCUUUCCAAGAACACGGACAAUCCGACGUGUAAGUCACUGUAUGUGAAUGGAAGUCGCGGAGUUUUUGGCAUUGGUGCUGCUGUUUCUUUUGCACAUUCUUCCCCUGGAAAUCAGAGUUUUAUCAAAAGAUACAUCUCAACUGAUUCAACCCAUAUAGUGGCCUAUGGUUUUAUGGAUAUAAAUUCAGAUGACGAUUUGGUCUCCAUGAGUCAUGAGGACGGUUCUUUUUGCUUUUUCAUCCCGCAGAUUGAGCUAGACGAGCUGGAAAGUGUUUCCAUUCUGACAAUGACACUUGCAUGGGAUGACUUUUCCUUCUCUACUUUUAAAGAAGCCCUUCAUUUGCUUGAAGUUUCUCUAAACCAGGUUAUAUGUCAUGUCUGCUCUGCUACUGACACAUGGAAAUCCAAAUGCACCAGAGCUGCCCUUAGAAAACUCAAUUUGGUACAAGAUAGAUCUAUUCCAAAGGUAUAA